CCCGACGCGCCAGACCACAAAACCACUCACUCUCAGGCCAUGGCGGCGGCCGAAAACUCGUUCGAGCACUUCGACCCGUUCUACCGGCGGCUGUCCAGCUUGCUCGGCGCGGACGAGGUUGCCCGCUUCGCCGCGUGCUCCAGCGACGAGCAGCGGGUGCUGCUGCUCCAGCGGCUGCUCGCCGAGGCCAAAGUUCGCCUGCAGCCCCUCAAGGCCGGACACAAGGACCAGCAGCUCGCGCAAAAGUACCUGGACGCGGCACAAAGCGUCGUUGCACUCCUUGAUGAAUUUGACGCGAGCACGGAGAACGAGGGUGUGCUGCAGCACGUGAGCAAAGCUUUGCGUCUGUUCGGCGAGGCCGCCAACCACGCGCCGACCGGAAGCAGAGUAAGCAGCGACGCUCACCUGGGCCGCGCUGGCCUGCUGUCCAAACUGGGACAAUGUGCGGACGCACUGAACGACUGCCAGCGCGUCACAGUCUCUCCGGACGACGUCGAUAUCCUCUGCCAAUUAGCAUUGAUUCGAUCAGCCUGUCUGGCAAAAGAAGACCGUGAGGCGGCACAGGUGGAGAUCAGGGAGGCACUGGCUGCCCUGAGCAAGUCGCAGUUGGCGAAGCCGGAGAAGGCGCAGAUGACGAUGAAGCUCGUGUCACAAAUGAAGCAUUUGUCCGACGGCCCCCGUCCGCCCCGACUGCCUCCACACGAGCCCCCGGAGUGUCCGAAAGUGUUCCAAGGGCCGCACGCCAGCAUUCCCAACGCCUCCAGCGCCCUCGACCUGCGAGAGUCGCCGGAAAAGGGCCGAUACCUGGUCGCCAACACCACCAUUCCAGCGGGCGCGGUUGUGAUCGUCGACGAGCCGUACGCGUGGAUGUUAUCGCCCUCGGCUUGGCACGACCACUGCACCCACUGCUGCCGGCCGCUCUUGGCGCCCCUGCCCUGCCCCACGUGCACACAGGUGUGUUUCUGCAGCAGGGAGUGCAUGUCGGAGGCGAUGUCCAGCUACCACUCUUUCGAGUGCAGCCUUUUGCAUCACGUUGCCAGCUCGAGCGAGCUCAGUUCGAUGGCCCUGCUGGUGAUGCGCGUGGUGCUGCGGGCGCGCGAGCACCUCGCCCGCCCGACCGACGACCCGACCUUCGCCAGGGUGCACCAGCAGGUGGGCAACAGCGACGCCAGGCCGGUCGGCGACCUGGUUAAGCGCACGGCCGCCGCCCUCUUCCUCGCCCAGGGCCUCAGAGACGCCGGGCUGACCGCUCAGGAUUGUUUGUUGGAGGUGGCGAUGCUCAGACACCUCCAGAGCUGCUCCUGCAAUGCCUACGAGAUUUCGGAAACCGUCCAGCCAGCUUUGCAAAUAUGCGGUUGGAGCAGGCAGGCGGAGGCGAUCGGCGGCGCGGUGUACUCGACCAUCAGCCUGGCAAACCACGGCUGCUGGGCGAACGUGGCCCGUUUGUCGCACGGCAGGCGGUGCGUGGUGCGUUGCGUGCGGCGCGUCGAGCGCGGCGAGGAGCUGCUCGACAACUACGGCUACUCGUUCCUCAGCGUCGGCCCCGAGGAGCGGCAGUCGGCGCUGGCGAAGCAGUACUUCUUCCAGUGCGGCUGCCAGCCGUGCCAACAGCGUUGGCCCUGCUUCCACCAACUGCGCCCUGACGCCAGGUUCAGGUGCCAAAAGUGCGGGAAGCAGAGUGGCAAGCCCUCCUGCAAGAACUGUCAUUCCAAGGCUGGCAGCAAGGAAAUCGAACGAAAAGUUCGCCUUUUCAGCGAUAGGUUUCAAGUUGCUCUGGCGAGGGUGAAAGUGUGCGACGUGGACGAGAGUGUGGAGCAGUGGCUGGCCGAAUACAUCGAGGAAAUGCAGGACAGAGUGGAGCACCCGAGCAAAGAGUUGCUGGUGGCGCAGCAGGCGCUGAUCAAAAUCUGGGCCUGGCAAGCGAAUCGAAACUCUGUUCUCGUCCUCAACGAACCUUGAUGAUUUGAUUAUUUUUGUAUGAAAUUAAAUAAAAACCACUCUUGUAUAGCC